AAAACAGACAAUGCAUGUAACAGGCUGAAGUUGACACGGCGUCCCAGAACGUCAACAACCAACACACCCAGGGUACCUUGGACGUCAUAAGUGGACGUGGAAAGUCCAUGACCAAACGUGGACAUGUGACGAGGUCACAGUGAGGAUGUGUUUGUUACCAUGAGGACUUUUACUGUGAAAUAUCUGCAGGACGGUACAGUGACUGAGCAGAGCAGCAUGAUGCAACAGUGUGUGUGAGUUGCAGCAGUACAGGAAGGGAGCGGUCACACAGUCUUCUGGUCUCUGCUGCUGAUUGGCUGCUGUGGUCACAUGAUUUCAGAGAAUCGUCUCAGAGAAAGUGAAAGUUAACGGGACAGACUGAGCUCAGAGCUGCUGUGACUGCUGACACUUCACCAACAGGCUCUGCAGGAAGCUCCUGAAAAUGGCAGCAAGCCAGAGGAGGAGGAGUAUGACUGAGCCUCUUAAUUUUUCUGACUUAACAACAAAACUUAUGAGACAUGCAGCUUCAUUCAUCUCAGCGUUUGACGUCAGUAAACCAAAGAUGAGACAGAUUGUAGGAGAGUUUCAGAAGAUCGUUGAUGAAGUGAAAGAGACGCAGCAGACGACAGACACAGUGAGAACAGUAGGAGCUGUUGCUGGAGGAGUAGGACUCGGAGUCAUGAUCCUUGCAGCUCCGUUCACUGGGGGAGCGAGCUUAUUGGCAGCAGGAGGACUAGCUGCUGGUGCUACUGGUGGUGGUUAUGUUGUCGGGGCAAAUGUAACAAAAACAAGAGCAGAGAACAAAAGUGCACAUAAAGUCGAAGAGCUGGGGAAAGAAUUCAUGAAGACUGUUGAACCACUGAAGAACGACCUGGAAGAAAUAAAGACGACGUGUGAAGAGCUGGAGCAAAGGUCAGCUGGAGGUCAGGCUGCAGACACUCUGUCAGACAUGAAGAAGUUUCAGAGGAUUCUUGGACGAGUGUCUGAGCUGAGAAGGACUGGAGAAGUUUUGGAUGUGACUGUAGCAGUGGUGAUGAUGAUCAGAAACAUGUUACAGCUUGUCCUAAGUGUCCUCAGAGUGACUGCGACCCCUGAAGAGGAUCAGAAGUUAAGAGACUCCAUCAUCCAGUCAGCUGAUCAGUGUCAGAAGGUCAUGAAUGUGUUUGAUCAGAUGAAGGAGGAACUGUUAGUCAUAAAGAAGGAGACAAAAUCGUCGGAGUGAGUAGAAGCCGACGUGCUGUCCUCCUGAGGAAAAUGUGUGUGAGGACAAAAGGACACAAUGAAGUCGUCACGUCAGAGGACGCAGCCUCUGUUUCCUCUGAUCAUGUUACACUGUUAGAUCUGUGAUGACAUCAGCAGGAGGAGAGCUAGUUAGCAUUAGCUGCUAAUAGUAAAAAGGAGUCCUGGGUGAAGGUAAAUUAUAACCUCCUCAUGAUGCGUUCACUGUCAUCUUGUUAAAUGCUUUUUGUGUGUGUGUUAAACUAACAAAUUCCAGCUGUUUGAUGUGUGGAUGUUUCCAGAGCACUGAGCCAGAUGUUAUGAUGGACAGAGGUGGAAAGUAACUAAUUACAUUUACUCACAUUACUGUCAUUGAGUAGUUUUUUUGUGUAAUUUUUUCAGUAGUUUUUCAAAUCUGUAAUUUUACUUUUACUUAAGUAAGUUUUGACUGAAGUAUUGUACUUGGCUACAUUGGAGAUCACAUCCGUUACUGAGUAGUUUUGGCUAAAUGGAAACCAAAGGGUGAAUCUCGUAACUCUCGUGUGGAAUUGACCCAGAACAAGAACUGUGUAUCAUCAGUCUAACAGUUGUGUUGGUGAGUCAAAAUGAAUGAGGGCUGCACAAUAUUAGACACAACUGACAAUGCCACGAUGAUUUUGUAUACUGUGAUAUGUGCUGCAAUGUACAGUGUGUUGCAAUAAGUUAACAGCUCUAUUUGGACAGAAGUCAUCAUGUGGGAGUUGAAAGGCUGUAUUUACAUGAAAUAUACAGUUUACAAUCAAACUGUUCUGGAAACUGAGAACUUCACAACCUAAAGUAUUAAGCAGCAAAAUAAGUUUGGCAUAUUGCCUUUGACUAAUAUUAUAUUGAUAUGAUGAACUCAUACUGUCAGUCUCACACUGUGACUGUUGCACAAGAACACAUCGCCAUGGUGACGCUCUAAUGAUAUUGUGCAGCCCUGAAUUGAAUUGAAUUCUAUGGUUCAUCAUAGAAUUCAAUUCAAUUGUAUUUGACAAUGUUUUAUUGUUUUAUGGGAUGGUCUACGUUGUACUGCCCCAAAGACACACUAAAUGUUGUGUUGAUAUGUUUAAUGUCAUCAUGCUCUUAUAUUUGAAAAGUUUGUCCUUUAAUAAAAAAUAACCAGUUUGUGGAUUGGA